CUGGUGGCAUGUCUUGUGGGGUAUACAUGGGUGUCCGAGCUGUGUGCAGUAGUUCCCAGUUGUCUAGAACGCACUGAAGUCCGAAGUCGGAGAUUCCCGAGAUCCAAGGUCCCAGGUGUUCUGAACGCGGCAUCAGCAUACCUGGGACGGCUUGAGACUGAAGACGUCACCCAAGAAGCGAUGAGUAGGAUCAGUGGAGGCAAAUCAUGAAUGGCAACAAUGUAGACCAAUCACAGGAAAGUCAGUGACAGGUAUCAGUCUUCGAUUGGCCAGUCGAAACUGGGUAAAGGGCGGGGCUAGAGACUCGACGUUACGUCGCUCGGAAAUGGCACAUUACAAGUGAUCGGGAAGAGGAGUCGAAAGUUUGUGAAAGAUAGUUUGUUGUCUUUAAAAAUUUCACAGUCAAAUAGGAUACAUAUAAUCGAAUAAUAUAUUACAGGUGUUGAUAUAGUGCGAAUGUACCUUUUUGACUCGGUUGUUCGUUCUAAGGAAGCGGUCGGUCGCGAGAUAAAUGGUCAAUAAGUUUUGUCGAAUUGAACAGAGAAACGACCACGGGAGGGUUUGAACAUUUCCAUAGGUAGAAACGUUGAAGAAAUGACGAAUAGAGAAGACGAAUAUGACUAUCUUUUCAAAGUGGUGCUGAUUGGGGACUCUGGAGUGGGUAAGAGUAACCUGCUGUCCCGCUUCACCCGCAACGAGUUCAACCUGGAGAGCAAGAGCACCAUUGGGGUGGAGUUUGCCACGCGCAGCAUCCAUGUGGAAGGCAAGACUGUCAAGGCCCAGAUCUGGGACACGGCAGGACAGGAGCGCUACAGAGCCAUCACCUCAGCGUACUACCGUGGGGCAGUGGGGGCUCUGCUGGUGUACGACAUUGCCAAGCACCUGACGUAUGAAAACGCUGAACGCUGGCUGAAGGAGCUGCAGGACCACGCUGACAGCAACAUUGUCAUCAUGCUGGUGGGAAACAAGAGUGACCUGCGCCACCUCAGGGCUGUGCCCACGGAUGAGGCCAAGGCCUUGGCAGAGAAGCAUGGACUGUCUUUCCUGGAGACCUCGGCGUUAGACUCCUCUAAUGUGGAGCUGGCUUUCCAGACUAUUCUCACAGCCAUCUACAACAUUGUGUCCCAGAGGCAAAUGACGGGCCGCAGCGACGCCGACUUCUCGCCCAACUCCAAUGUGGUGCCGAUCACAGUGCAGCCCACGCAGAACGCUGCCAAGUCAAGUGCCUGCUGCCAGAACAACUGAGGCCUCACCACCGUCAGGGACAGACGAGUAGACUGGGAGGGAGGACUGGAAGACAAGGAAGAGAAACCUAGAGACAAGGAUACAGGCAGACAGAAACAAGUGGAGAGAUACACAGGGAGACAGAAGGACAGGGAGACCAAGGGGGCAACCAAGUGUUUCCAUAGCCUCUAUGCAUUGUUUCCUCUGAGAAGUCUGUCCCCAUCUAAUUCAAUAAGCUUUAUGGUUAUGCCUUGGCUUGAUUGGUUUUAAAAAUGAAAGAGGACAUGACCUAAUUUACAUGAAUUGAGAAAUUUAGCAUGUUUGGAUAUCCUCCAUAUCUUUCCACAGUUUGUCUCACUCAUUGUGAACUGACCCCACCCACCCACCAUUGUCAGCUCAAUUUAAUAAGCCUGUGAACACACCCAAUUCCCCAGCAUAGAGAAGGGGCAAUAAGAUUUGGCAGUGAAGACCUGAUUUCACUGAAAUGUAACCCCCACCUCUCCAUUGUCAGGCAGCUCCUCCCAAACAUAUUUGAGUUUGUCCCAAUUAUAUUUAUUUCACACUAUAUUGAGGUCUUGUUUGACCAAAGGGUUUGUGUUAACAUGCAACACUGGGUGGGUUUGAUCUGAAGCUGCUUACUAUAGAUGACGGGUGUCCUCUCUUUUUGUUCUUGAUUUCACUGGUAAUCAAAUCCUUUUAUGAUCUAGUUAUUAAAUGUAACUACUCUUGGCUAAUGGGGAACUGAGGAGUUAAGCCAUCUUAUCCCAAAUGUUCCUGGUUGAAUGUCAGGCCAAUCUAAACUGCACAAAAUGGGGGUUCAUGGAGAACUUUUCAUGUCCAUUUUAUCAGUGCUCUUCGACUUCCCUUUUUAGUCUUUACACAAAAUAAAGUUUGCUCUUCAGAUUUUUUUGUGAUCAACAUUUUCCUCCCUGUUGAAACCCAUUACAAAAUACUUUGUGCACAGCAAUAUUUCUCACACAGGCCUAUUCUUUGUUAGCAAAAAAGACAGUCUUGCUCUUUUGGGUGUUAUCCUUUUAUCACCGUGAACCAUCCUUUUCCGGUUUAACUGAAUGGCUGUCGAUUUCUCCGUGACUGUGGAGAUAUGUGAGGGUGAUGAGGGGAUAUUGGUUGGCGUGGUGGUCAUAUACCAUGGUCUGAGUGGAGCCCUCCCUGCGGCCUGCUGUCCUAGAUGGAUGUACGGCUCAUGUUGCAAGAGAUGGGUAGUAAGGGCACUCAGCCCUGCUGCGUCUCUGAUGUACACAAGAUGGCUUGUUUUACUGUAAAUGAACUCCUCCACUGCCCCCCCACCCCCCUUAUCCACUGUAUGUAACUGGAACCGUAUCAUGCCUUCUGGGAUAUCCCUUAAGAGUUUCCCAGGUCUCUUUGUAUGGUUAUAUUUUCUCUUUUCUGGGUGUGUGUAGUUCUGUUGGUAAGAGUAAGCACUAGGGAGGAUACUAGCCCUUAUAGAUCUGCUAGAGGGGAGGUGUGGGGAAAGUUUGAGGGUGCCAUUACCACAGCCGAAGGUCAACAGUGUAAACAGUCAUUAUCCUGCUGAGUCUUUUUUCCCUUGUGGCAUUCCCAAUAGUAAAUUGGGAUGUAAAGGUUAGGUUUUUAAAAUGUUAAUUCUCAUGUGUACAUUUUAGAUUGCACAUGUAUAAAUAAAUGUAAUUUCUUAA